AUGCUUGACUGGGCUGGUUUAUUGCUGAAGGCUGUCUACUUUUAUGGCCAUUUAAUUGGUCUCAGUAACUUUGAGUUCAAUUGGAGAACUGGUCGUGUUUUCACAGCUGCCAGAAGUACUCUCUAUGCAGUUGUGGCAAAUGUCAUUAUAGUGAUUCUUCUGGGUAUCCUUAUUACCAGGGAUAUUAAUUUAAAUGUGAUCUUUGGAAACUCAAACAGACUGCACGAGUUGGUUAUUAUAACUAUGACUUCGUUGAGACUCAUUGGAGGUCUUACAACAGUAUUGAACCGAUGGCGUCAGCGCUGCCAGAUGAAAUACUUGGCUGGAAAAAUUCUACGUCUCUUUUUGGCCAGGCCGCAGGUGAAAAGGAUGUCCCGUUGGGGGAUUCUCAUCAAAUUUCUUACUGCCGGUGUCACCGAUAUAAUUCAAAUGGCAAUCACUUUCGAUGCCAUUGGACGUGGUGAUUCUACCUUCUUCCUGGGAAUGGGUUUGCAAUUCUGGAUGUCGGGUAUCCUUAAUCUGGCCAUAUCGCAGCAUUAUCUCGUGAUGCUCUUCGUAAGGGCACAGUAUCAACUCCUUAAUAUGGAACUCAAAGAGGUGAUCGAUGAGAGCAUAGACUUGAGCUAUCAUCCACCAAGGAAAGGAGCCUUUAUGACCAGAUGUUGCCAUCUGGCCGAUAGGCUUGAGGAUAUAGCUAAGAUCCAAAGCCAGUUGCAGGAUAUUGUUACCAAAUUGGGAGACGUUUUCGGCAUUCAAGGGUUAAUGGUUUAUGGAGGAUACUAUAUAUCUUCGGUGACUACAAGUUACCUCACAUAUAGUAUCUUUAAACAUGGCCCCGAGAAAUUUGCAUUGAACUAUACAACUACAGUCCUGAUGUUUGCCUGGUGCUUCUUUUAUUACUGGGAUGCCAUCCUUAAUCUCUUCAUUAUGCUAUAUGUCCAAGAUGAUCACAAGGAAAUGAUUCGUCUAUUGGAGCGGAGAACUAUAUUCGCUUCGGGUCUGGAUGUUCGCCUGGAGGAGUCUUUUGAAAGCCUUCAACUGCAGCUAUUGAGGAAUCCUCUCAAAAUUGAGGUGAUGCAAAUAUUCAGUAUUAAUCGGGAUUCGACCUCAGCAAUGUUUGGAUCUUUUAUAACCCACUCAAUAGUUCUUAUUCAAUAUGAUAUUCAAUUCUUUUAA